AUGGUAGAGCUUUUCCUCUACCCUUCAUUGGAAAGAGCUUUCGGACCUAUAAAAUUUGCUCGCAUCUCCGCAGUUUUAUCAAUACCUCUGUUGCAAAGUUACCCCUUCAUAGCAAUGCUUUCUGGCAUUACGCUAUACCUAGUUAUUAAUAUUGCUUCUCUUCUGAAGAAUGUUCUAAGUAUGACGAUAAUCACUGGUUUAUUUAUUAUGCAAAAUAGAGCCGUGGAACAACAUCAAAGAGGGGCAGCUAAUGGCAUUGCUAUGACUAUAAUGUCAAUAUUCAAAGCAAUCGGUCCAGCGGGAGGUGGUGCAGUGUGA